CCGAAAACUUGAAAAUAGGAGUUAUUUUAUGGUUUGGUUUGCAUUGCAUUGCGUUGACAGUGAAGUGACACUCAAUUGAAUCGAUUGUCAUUUGAUUGCAUUGUCUGUGAAUUGUGUGGAAGUGUCGGACAAUCUGUGGUGUGAGUGGAGAGACAAUGACAGCGAAGGCGAGUGCGUCGAAGAAGUGCGACGACACGGAUGUGUCUGCGGACCACGUGUUUGGUCAGCCCAACGAUCUCUGCAAAGUGGUGUAUGUGGUGAACGUCUGCACUCAAGACCACAACCACUGGUGGGCCGACGCCGUGGCCGCCAAACAGGGUGUGAUCGACGAGUUGGUCCAGUUCUUCGACGCCACCGGCGAGCAGGCCAUCGAUCUCUGCUUCGAUGUGGCCCUCGAUUAUGGGUUCAUAACCACACAAACGGAUCCCAAGACAGCGCGAGUGAGAUAUGUGACACGAAAGCGAAAUGAGUUGGACUUAACUCACGACUGGUUUUGUUACGAAUGCGAUGUAUUGGUUCCGCCGAAGAGUCCACAGUUCUUGCGAUGCGAUCAAUGCUUUCGUAUCUUU